CUUUCUCUCUUUGCUUGGGACACGGCCAUAGGUCAAACCAACUCAGCUAGCUGCAUACUCUUCUUUUUCUUUCCUCACACCUUAAGAAAAAAAAAACACCAAAAAACACACUGUGAUAGAAUUCCUAAAAAAUGGUUUCAGAAAAACAGGGUUAGCAAAAAGCACCUUGCAUCACUACGCUUCCAAGUAUUCUAGGAGUUAUCAAAAAACAAAAGGGCUUGAAGGUAGCCUAGUUACUAGCAAAAUAGGUUUCUCUCUCUUUCUCCACUAUUCUUUUACCCGCUUUCCUGUUACGUUAUCUCCACCAUUUUCCAUCAAAAAUCUUACCUUCUCUCUCUCUCUUUCUCUUUGAGUCUUGAAACCCUGCUGAAAUCCGAUCAAACAAACAUCAAACCCAUUUUCUAUUUUUUUUUCUUUUCUUUUCUCUCUUACACACCUUCCAUGCCUUCUCUUUUCAAGAGAUCUUUCUUCCUUCUCCUCCUCCUCCUUCAUCUCCACAACUCUUAAAAACCCUCCUCAUCGAUCCAACAAGCAGCAACCUCACUGAAUCUACAAACAGUAACAAAGAUUAUUACUCGUAGAUCCAAUAACAGUAAUAACACCUCAGUUUCUUCUCUUAACAGAUCAUGAAUUCCUUUCAAGAAUUUGACUCAUCAAACACGGACAGUAACAGUACCAAAGCCAUCAUCAACUUCACAUCAGGUAACAGCACCAAUUUCCCACCAGCGCCACCACCAUCAUCAUCUUCACCGCCAUGUUCCUCUUCUUCUUCUGGCACCACCACCCUGAGCCGCUACGAGAACCAAAAGCGCCGCGACUGGAACACGUUCGGGCAGUACCUCCGCAACCACAGGCCCCCACUCUCGCUUGCACGGUGCAGCGGCGCGCACGUGCUGGAGUUCCUGCGGUACCUGGACCAGUUCGGGAAAACCAAGGUUCACACGCAGCUUUGUCCAUUCUUCGGGCACCCGAACCCUCCUGCAGCGUGCCCUUGCCCUCUACGGCAAGCGUGGGGGAGCCUGGAUGCACUCAUAGGGCGCCUCAGAGCUGCCUUUGAAGAGAAUGGAGGGAAGCCUGAGGCUAACCCUUUCGGUGCUCGCGCUGUCAGACUCUACCUUCGCGAAGUGCGUGAUUCGCAAGCCAAGGCUAGGGGAAUUAGCUACGAGAAGAAGAAGCGCAAGCGUCCCCAACAACCUCCUUUGCCUCCCUCAAAUAAUGCAAGUUAAAGUUGUGAUUUGACAAUGGGCUGGGGGCACUGCAAUAUGGGGACACCCUUUGCAAUGGCAUUAGAAAAAUAUUGUGUAAACCUAAACUGCAGUACUCUCGGUAGAUGCAGCAGUAAUUUAUGUAGUGGCAGUAAUAAACACUAGGGAGGGCUGUGCAUGUGUGUCUGUGACAGAUCAACAAUAUCACAACAUUGUCCGAUUUGUAUUAAUAAAAUAAAAAUGUGUAUGAACUCUUGAAGAUGUUAUGAAGAAAAUAAUAAUGGAUCUCAAGAUCUUGUCAGUUUCCAUAUUAAUUAUACCUUCA